AUUAUAGUGUGUCGCUUUUAACGGUGAGUGUUUCAAGUGCGGGAAACAAAUAUUCAGUUUUCUAAGAAAAAAAAAGAUGGUAUCUUUAUUUUUCUCGCAGCCAAUGACACCUGCCAUAACUGGAGUAGAAGAGCAAGAAAAACUACUUGAAGAUGCAAUUGGUGUGGUCAAAGUACAGGCUUUUCAAAUGAAACAUUGUCUAGAUAAGUCUAAAUUAAUGGAUGCAUUAAAACAUGCAUCUACAAUGUUAGGAGAACUUAGAACAUCUUUAUUAAGUCCAAAGAGUUAUUAUGAAUUAUAUAUGGCUAUUACUGAUGAAUUAAGGCAUUUAGAACUUUAUUUGUUAGAUGAAUUUCAGAAAGGAAGAAAAGUUACAGAUUUAUAUGAAUUAGUACAAUAUGUUGGAAAUAUUGUACCCAGGUUAUAUCUACUUAUCACAGUUGGCUUAGUAUAUAUCAAAACAACACCUGGCUUAAAGAGAGAUUUAUUAAGAGAUUUAGUAGAAAUGUGUAGAGGGGUUCAACAUCCUUUAAGGGGUCUGUUUUUAAGAAAUUAUUUAUUACAAUGUACACGUAACAUUUUACCAGAUGUUGCUGAAGAAGAUGACGAAGAUGGAAGUGUUCGUGACAGUAUAGAUUUUGUCUUGAUGAAUUUCGCAGAAAUGAAUAAAUUAUGGGUACGCAUGCAACAUCAAGGUCAUACUAGAGAUAGAGAAAGAAGGGAAAGAGAAAGAGAAGAACUUAGAAUAUUAGUGGGAACUAAUCUUGUACGACUCAGCCAAUUGGAAUCAGUUACUUUAGAGAAAUACAAAAAGCUUGUUUUACCAGGAAUUCUAGAACAAGUAGUCAGUUGCAGAGAUGCAAUUGCUCAGGAAUAUCUUAUGGAGUGUAUAAUUCAAGUUUUUCCUGAUGAAUUUCAUCUACAAACCUUAAAUGCAUUUUUAAAAUCUUGUGCUGAGUUGCAAAAUGGUGUAAAUGUGAAAAAUAUAAUUAUUUCAUUAAUAGACCGUCUUGCAGCAUUUAGUCAAAGAUCAGAUGGCGUGGGAGGACCAGGAAGUCCUAAUCAAGUACCAGGAAUUCCACAAGAUGUAAAACUUUUUGAUGUUUUCAGUGAUCAGAUAGCUAUAAUUAUACAGACUAGGCAAGAUAUGCCUCCAGAGGACAUAGUUUCUCUUCAAGUAGCCCUUAUUAAUUUGGCACAUAAGUGUUAUCCUGAUAGAGUGAAUUAUGUGGAUAAAGUUUUAUUAACAACUGUCCAAAUAUUCCAAAAGCAGAAUGUAGAUAAGCUGGAGUAUAAUAGUGCUGUAUCAAGAGAAUUAGUAAGACUUAUGAAAAUUCCAGUAGAUAAUUAUAAAAAUAUAUUAAUUGUUUUGAAGCUUGAACAUUUUGCUCCACUAUUAGAUUAUUUUGAUUAUGAAGGCAGAAAGUUAUUAGCUAUUUAUAUAAUAACAAACAUAUUAGAAAACGAGACAUUGAUACCAACUCAAGAACAAGUAGAUGCAGUUCUUUCUAUGGUGUCUCCAUUAGUGCAAGACCAACCAGAUCAACCCAAUAUAGAAGAAGAUCCCGAAGAUUUUGCAGAAGAACAAGGUCUUCUUGGUAGACUAAUACAUCAUUUCAAAUCUGAGACAGCUGAUCAACAAUACAUGAUAUUAAGUGCUGCUAGAAAACACUUUAGUGUUGGUGGAAAUAAAAGAAUUAAAUAUACUCUACCACCAAUUGUAUUUCAAGCUUAUCAGCUUGCUUUUAUAUAUAAAGGAUUAAAAGAUCAGGAUGAAAUGUGGCAGAAAAAAUGUCAAAAAAUCUUUCAAUUUUGUCAUGCAACUAUUACAGCUUUAAUGAAGGCUGAAUUGGCUGAAUUACCAUUGAGGCUAUUUCUUCAAGGAGCAAUAGCGAUAGGAGAAAUUCGUUUUGAUAAUUUUGAAAUGGUAGCUUAUGAAUUUAUGAGUCAAGCAUUUUCAAUAUAUGAAGAUGAAAUUAGUGAUUCUAAAGCACAGUUAGCAGCUAUUACAUUGAUCAUUGCUACAUUUGAACAGAUGAGUUGUUUUUGCGAAGAAAAUGCGGAACCAAUACGCAAUCAGUGUGUUUUAUAUGCUAGCAAAUUAUUAAGAAAACCAGAUCAAUGUAGAGGUAUUGCUACUUGUUCUCACAUAUUUUGGUCUGGAAAAUCAUUAGCAACAGGCGGAAAAGAGAUGCAAAAUAGAUUUAAAGUAUUGGACUGCUUGAGAAAAGGUAUCAGAAUAGCAAGUCAGUGCAUGGAUACUUCAGUUCAAGUACAACUUUAUGUUGAACUCUUAAAUCAUUAUAUUUAUUUUUAUGAGAAAGGCAAUACUACAUUUACUGUUGACAUUGUAAAUCAAGUCAUUGCAAAAAUUAAGGAAGAACUUCCUAACUUAGAAGUUAGUGAAGAAACGGAACAAAUUCAAAAACAUUUAGCUAAUACAUUAGAACACUUAAGAAAUAGAAUGGAAUCUCCAGAAGCGGAUGGUCUAUCGUAUCAAGGACUUAUUCUUUAAUCACAUUACGGAUCAGAUGUUUCCUCGCUAAUUUUCUUUUGUGGUCAAGUAUUUAUUUGCAUUUUACAUCAAAGUAUUUGUUUCAAAUGCGAAAUUGUUAAUAGUCUCUAGCAGAGCAAGGCGAGGCGGUCGUAUGCAGUGUAUUAACAAAAAUUUAUUAUAACCUUCAUGUCAAUAACAAAAUACAGGAUAGAUAUAACAUUAAAUGAUCAAAUCAUCAAGGAUCAUUCAAGGAAAUAUAUGAGUUCUUAAAUUAUGGGCAUAUAAAGAGCCAUAAGUGGUAAGUGUCAACAUUGAUUGGCAUACAAAUUGGAACAUACAGACACAAAUAAACAGUGAAAUUAUUUUGCAACGGAAUUCAAAAAAACCAAAGUUUAAACCAUAUUGUUUAAAAAAUGACAGUUAGAAUUAUUCGAAUAAUUUGAACUUUAUAAAAUGACAAAUACCUUUAUCUAUUUGAAUAUGAAGAAUUAACUCACCGUCAUUUCUGAUAUAUCGAUUUAAGAUAUUUGAUUGAACUUUAAUCUUUGUCACUAUUUUGAAGAUAUACUAUUAUGAAAUCUUACUAAUCAUCAUUUAUUCCCAGGAAUAAAAAAUUUUCAAAAUUCAAAUUUUUACUAUUAACUAAAAAAAAAAAACAAUAAAUAAAACAAUAAAUUGUUUAUAAAACAAUAAUUUUGCACCAAUGUUAGAUAUAGCUAAUUAACUAUAUGUAUAUAUUUUUUAAUAUUUCAUGUAUGCACACGUUAUUUUAAAAAUAUAUACAUGUGCUUAUACAAAAGACUGUGCAGAUGAAAAACUGAACGAAAAUAAAUCAGAGCGUAGAAAUAAGUCUUUUAACGUUUUGAGCUAUAAACAAAUGAAAUUUAGAUAUUCGUUGUUUGUUCAUGUGUGUCUGAAACACACUUCAGUUGAUGUAGUCUAUAUACAUAUAUAUAGUAUGUGUGUAAGGAAAAGUACAUGAAUGCGUACUUAACAACGAAAUAGACAAUUUUCAAUUUAUAUUUUAUAUAUUUUAAAAACGAAUCGUAAAACUCAUAAAAAACUUUUUCGAAUUAUCUUAACCUUUUGAAUUAUAAUAUUGAGUUACAUUCGUGAUAGGAAUUAUUGUUUCGAUUUGAAAACAAAAGUAUGAAAUAUGAACUUGAAUUUUCAAUUUUAAUUCUUCAAAUAUAUUAACAAAUUAUAUAUAAUGCUUUCAAUGUUUUACAUCUGACAUGACGUGUUAUAAUAACUAAUAUUUACUGAAAACUGAGAAGAAAAUUAUAAAGCAACUGGUUAAUAUGAAAAAUGUUU